AUGGCACCCGAUCCGCAACCGGAACCCCCCGCGCAAGCCGAACCGGCCCAAGACACAGCUUCACAACAACCACAGCAACAAUCGGAGCAAGAACAAAAUCCCAACACCCAAGAACCCCCGGCGUCUCCUCCCCUCCCCCAGCGACACACAGCCGUGACACCCGGUCCCCGUGCAGCGCGUCUACAAGAGCUCUAUGCGCGGUCGCUGAAGAAGACGCUGGGAAAGGUUGGCUGGGGGAAUGUGGCUGGCUGCUACCCCACGAUUGCGAAGAGGGCAGAGGGGGUGCUGAGACAGGUUCAGGUACAAAUGGUUGAUAAACUGGGCGAAAAGUGCGAGAAAGAGUUUGAAAAUAUCAUUGUGUCGAGACAGGUUGUUCCAAAGCUCAACGAUCUAGAGAGCCUCAUCAGCGAUGCCUCCCGGCGACGCACUGGAUCUAAAACAGAACCCCCUACACCGCCUCAUCUCCUCCCUCCGUCGACUAUCCUCGCCGCGCACCUUACACCUUCUCUCACAGCCCACCAAUCCCAGCUCAACGCGCGCUUACAAACGACACAAUCGCAAAAUGCCCUGUUGCACGACGAGGUGCAACGCCAACGAGAGGAGAUUCGCGCACUACUGGAUGCCCUCGAGGCUGUCGUUGCCGAUGUCCAGGGCGCAAAUGACGCGCUGCGACCGGUCGUUGACGAUGUUGCUGCUGAGACAAGACAAGGAAUCGCGGCUGUUGAGGCUGCUAGUGGUGGCGGACAAAAAGAAACGACAAAAUGA